GGCUGAUGUCUAUUAAGUUAGUUUUUGAGGGGUUUACCCUGUACGUGUGAAGUGUGUAUGCGCCGCAGGUGGGCUUGGGUGGGGAGGAGAAGUUGCGGUUUUGGGAGGACUUGGAUGAGGUGGUUAGAGGCGUGCCUAGCUCUGAGAAGAUUGUUGUAGCAGGUGAUUUUAAUGGACACAUCGGGGCAUUUCCGGGAGGCUUUGGCGAUGUGUAUGGUGGUUUUGGUUUCGGGGAGAGAAAUAAAGAGGGAGUUGCUCUGUUGGAAUUUGCGAGGUCCUUUGGGCUGGUGGUGGUGAAUUCGAGCUUUCCAAAGAAGGAUGGUCACCUGAUCAUCUUCCGAAGCGCGAUAGCCAAGACCCAAAUUAACUUUUUGCUUCUUAGGAAAGGGGAUAGGGGGUUGUGUAAGGAUUGUAAGGUCAUUCCGAGUGAGAAUCUUUCGACUCAGCAUAGGCUCUUGGUGAUGGACUUGGGAAUAAAGGAGGGUAAGAAGAGUAGGGGUGAGGAGGGCCGACCGAGAAUUAGGUGGGGCGGCUUGACGCCGGUGAAUGCACGGGAGAUAGGGGUGAAGUUGACUGGUAUGAGGGUGUGGAAGCGUAGGGGAGACAUAGAUGGUAGGUGGGAUAGGGCGGCUACGUGCAUCAAGUAGAUUGCUAGCGAGGUUUUGGGUGUGUCUAGGGGCCGGGCCGGGCACCAUAGGGGGGAUUGGUGGUGGAAUGAUGAAGUAAAGAAGAAAGUGGAGACUAAGAAGGGGGCCGUAUGCAAAGUUGGUUGAGAGUAAGGAUGAUGAAGAGACGCGGGUUUUUAGGGAGGAGUACAAGCUAGCAAGGAAGAAGGCUAAGCUUGCCGUUACGGCAGUUAAGACGACAGAGUUUGAGAGCUUGUAUGUGGGGUUAGAAGAGAAAAGAGGGAAAAAAAAGGUUGUUUUGACUGGCUAAGGCUAGGGAGAGAAAGGGCCGUAACCUAGACCAGAUGAAGUGCAUUAAGGGGGAGGAUGGUAGAAUUUUUGUGGAGGAUGGUCAUAUUAAGAAAAGGCGGCAGUCGUAUUUUCAUAGGCUUUUGAAUGAUGAAGGGGAGGGAGUUAUUGAGUUGGGUGAGCUGGAGCAUUCGGAUAGGAAGAUCUGGAGGACGCGUAUUAGGAUAGAAGGCUAGUGGCUUUUUCUGUAGGUAGGAUAGAGCGUUACUUGGCCGGUGCAAUAUUUUUGUUAUGCUGCAUUACGAUUGCUUACUAUUCUUUGUUUACUACUCCUUAUAGGUGGCGUAUUUAUGUCAUGCCAUAUUAUUCCAUGCUUUGUGUACAUUUUUGAUGACUUAUCUUAUCUUGAGCCGGGGGUCUAUCGGAAACAGCCUUGCUACUUCUCCGGAGGUAGUGGUAUGGACUGCGUACAUCUUACCCUACCCAGACCUCACUAUGUGGGAAUACACUGGGUUUGUUGUUGUUGUAUACAAUAUUAAGAAAACGAGCUGCAGCACGUUGAGUGAACUUGCAAGGCAUUUGCCAAAAUAAAUAAAUAAUACUUAUUUGUAGAGGAAAUCUUUUAUUUGUAUCAAGAAUCACCUUUUUUAAUAAAUAAAUAGAGGCAUUUUGCCCUAUAAAGUUACUGCUUACUAAUAGCUACAUGUAAGUAAUAAUUCAUAAAAAGUACAAUUAAUAAUCUGAAUACAUAACUAGUUUACCUGCUAGGCUGCUACACAACUUAAUAUACAUUUAGAAAUUUUAUUUGAAUAUAGGUAGGGGUAAUUUUGUCCUUUUAUAAAUUUAUUCCAAAGAUAAAUUAUGUGGGAUUGUUAUCCCACCAAUUGAGUGGAUAACUUAUCCCGGUACUAUUUAUUAGUCCCGGGAUAAGUUAUCCCGAAUAUUGCCAACCAAUCAUGCAUUAAAUUUUUUUUAUCCCGGGAUUAUUUGCUUUAGCACCUCACACCAAACGACCCCUUAGUGAUAGAUAUAUGUUGAUGUCUUAACCACUAAGAAUGGUUUCUUGGCUUUUUGUCCACAAAAAAGCAAAAUAAGAUAGUAUGAGUGCUUUAUCUGCGAAGAAAAAGGAUCGUGAAACUUCACCUACAGAGGUGACUCCACAUAGUUGUUCAAUUUUCAUGGUCUGUUUUCUUCUAAUAAUAUAUAAUGAUUUGAAUACUCGUGUAUUAGAAAGGAAUACAUCUUUUACCUUUGAAAGAGAGAAAAAAAAAGAAUGGCCUGCACUGUUGGAUCAUGAUGCAUAACAUGAAGAAAGAAGAACUGUUUUCUUGGAUGUUGACCUUUAUACAUUGUGGGCCGAGGCAAUGGUAACUGAAGACAAUCUUAUAUUGGAUGUUCUUUUCCUCAUAUUUUACGAGUUCAGCCCAUGCACUGGUGAACUGUGGAAAAAAAUGUGCUCACUCUAUGAGGGAUUCAUUUCAAAUUCUUAUAAUUUUGGGAAGUUAGCUGUAUCAGCCGAAGCGGUUGCCUCUAUUUAUCAUGCUAAACUGCAGCUGCUUCUUAUCCUCAUAGAAACUUUGGAUUUGGAAAAUCUUUUGCAGAUGGUUCAUGAUGAAAUUCCGUUUAGGCAGGGAUAUGAUACAUUUUCAUUGUCGGAGGUGCAAGAGAUUGAUGCUAUUGUGUCCAGUUUUGAUGUUUUGGAAAAUAAAGAAUCAGGACCAUUGAUUUUGGCAUGGGCAGUUUUUCUCUGUCUAAUUUCAUCUCUUCCAGAAAAAGAAGAAAACAAUAUACUGAUGGAGAUUGAUCAUAUUGGUUAUGUUCGUCAAGCUUUUGAAGCUGGAUCUUUGACUUCUUUUCUUGAAAUUAUUGAAAAUGAUAUACUGAGGGAUUUUGAUUAUUUUCAGGGUCCUGUUGCUGGUUUUAGAAGCGUUUUGCGGACAUUUAUAGCAGCAUUUAUUGCUUCUUAUGAGGUCAAUCUCCAGUUGGAGGAUGGUAACCUGAAAUUGAUCUUGGAUAUUCUUUGCAAAAUUUAUGAAGGAGAGGAGUCCCUUUGUACUCAGUUUUGGGACAGGGAAAGUUUUGUUGAUGGUCCUAUCAGGUGCCUUCUUUGUAGCUUGGAGGGUGAAUUCCCAUUUAGAACUGCUGAACUUACACAGUUGUUGUCUGCACUUUGUGAGGGAGCAUGGCCUGCGGAAUGUGUGUUUAACUUUCUUGACAAGUCCACUGGAUUGUCAUCUCCUGUUGACGUUGAUCUCUGUUCCAUAGUGGAUGAUGCUUCUCAGACUGUUAUGGUGCUCCAACCAUUACACCUUCCCGGGAUUGAGGGUCUGGUCAUUCCUAGCGGAACCCAUGGUCAUCUGUUAAAAAUGAUUGAUACGAAUAUUGCUCUAGUUAGAUGGGAGUUCUCGCAAUCUGGGGUCUUCAUGCUGCUUUUGCGUUUUGCCCAAGGGGGGUUAUACUUGGAGAAAACCAGUGAAAUCACUAUGACUCUUGGGUUGCUCAACCGGCUUGUGACAUUCAAUAUGGGCGUUUGUUCUGCUUUUCUUGACCUUCGUGGCUAUAUGCAUGAUGAAAUGAGCUCACCAACAGAACACCUGCCAUAUGUGUAUAGUGUUAAUGUGGCUGAAACCAUUUGUGCUUGUAUCAAGAGCUUGCCUGCUAAUUGCUCUGGUGUGGCGUCAAUGUCAAUGGGAGUAAACAUUUUGGCAAAGAUGUUAAAAUGCUCACCAUAUCUUGUUUCCAAAUUGAUAGUCCAGGCGAAUAUCUUUGAUGUUGCUUUUAGAAUGAAUCCCUUCAAAAUUGGCUCCAAGGGUUUGUCGAGUGGAUCGUGGUUGCUUUCUGGUCGGCUUGCAAAAAUGCUUUCUACCGACUGUGAGCAGAAUGAUUGUCAAUUGACUCUUUCAGUGCUAGACCUCACCAUGCAGUUUAUGGAUUCUGGAAUGGAAAAUGAUGUUGUCCUUGCACUUGUCAUUUUCUCCAUUCAGUAUGUCCUUGUUAAUCAUGAAUUCUGGAAUUAUAAAAUCAAGCAUGCUCGCUGGAAGGUGACGCUGAAGGUGCUUGAAGUCUUGAAGAAAUGCAUUCUGUCAGUUUCAUAUAUCCAGAAACUUGGUGAAGUAGUCAGGCAUUUUUUAUUUGGUGAUUCUUCAAUUGACAAUGCACUCUUCCGACUUGUUUGCACGACUUCAGAUGGCCUGGAGAAGCUCUAUUUUAGCCGGCUUUAUGGGCUGACAGAAAUAGAAGGAUUGCAGGAGGCAAUUAUCUUGGGAUUGGAUGUUCUUUCCAGUAUGCUUUCUGAUCUCUCCAGGGAUGUGCCCAGUUUCUCCGUCUUUCGUCAGGCAGUCAUGUCAGUGACAACAAAACCAGUGCCUGUGGUUACUGCUGCGAUAUCACUGAUGUCAUUCUUUCGAAAUCCUAAGAUACAGUUGGGUGCUGCAAGACUGCUCUCUAGGUUGUUUAUUAUUGGAGACGACUCACAGACACAUGCACUUAGCAAUGCAUAUUUCGGUCUGGAUGACAAGCAGAUCAAUAAUUUAAAAAAUACUAUUUCUUGCAUUCUUUAUCAAGAGAAAGUAGCAAGUGAUGAUCUCGUAAUUGCUAUGUUCAAGAUGCUUACUUAUGCUGCACGCCAUCAGGCUUCUUUUGUUUCCGCUGUGGUCGCUUUGGGAGAAAAUCCAAUCUCUGAAUCAUGCAGCGGUGACAAUCCACCAGCCAACAAUGAUGUACUACAGUGCAAUGCUGUAAACAUAUUAGAUUCCAUAUGGAUUUAUGUUAUAAGAUCUGAUGAUCUUGUGAUGACCAAAUCGUGUAUAAUGUGUAAUGUGCUAAACUUCCUAAAAGCAUUAUGGCAAGGAGCUGCUCAUUAUACAAAUCUCCUGAAGCAGCUGAGAAAUUCAGACUUCUGGAAAAAGCUAUUGAAUUUUGUCGUGCUUUCUAUAGAUAAGAAGAGUUUUCAAUCUGAAAGUGCGACUAAAUUGGAGCUCCAAAACUUGGCAUACAGAUAUCAGUGUCAACAUAAUGUAUUGGAUGUAGUUACCUGUGAGAUGUUCCUGCAGAAAAAGCUUUUACAUUCCGAGUUGGUCACAAAGGAAUCUUCCAAAUCAUCAAAUAAUGGGUCAGAUGGCUCUAAAGUAGCAACAGCUGAAAAUUCAUGUAACCUGAAGGAUAUUUUUGGAGUGUGGUGUGAAAGCUCAUUGGAUGCGGAGACUAUCAAGACAUUUGUUUCAUUUGAGUAUGAUGGUUCUGUAAAGUUGCGUGCAAGGUGCUUGCAGGUUGCUGCUGGUUUAUUUGCUGUGCGCAUGAUGUGUAAAGUAAAAGGCGGUGAUCGAGGAAGUUUGUCUGUUUCACUUGUUGAUAAAGUUACUAACUUGUGGCAAAAGUUGAGGAAGUUGCCAGCCUUUUCUGAGUUGAUGACUCUUUAUGCGGAGCAUGGUUACAGUGGAGGAAAUGAACUGGACGACUUGAUUCUCAAUGAUUUAUUCUAUCAUCUGCAAGGAGAGCUUGAAGGCAGACAGAUUUCCCACAUAGCAUUCAAGGAGCUGUCACAAUAUCUGCUACAGUCAAAUUUCUUGCAAACAUAUUACUGUAAGCAUGAUCAGGAAACGGAUGGUGUCUGCUUAUAUGACACUGACCGUCUGCAAGGAGACAUGGGAAUUGAUUUGUGGGAUCUUUCGGAUUGGAAAGCAUCUAAAGCGAUUGCAGAAAUGCUGUUGCUCUCUUUGCAGAAUGUGAAUUUCAUGGUUUCACUUACAAAAUCCAAGCUUUCAGCUUUAAUAGCUUUGACAACUACUCUCUCCAUAUAUGACAAUGAUGAUGCGAGAUUUACGUCACUGGAGAAUGAGGUUAAAAGUGGUGGAAAAAUUCCUGAAAAAUCAUUGUCAUCUAUGAUUGAUAAUAUAUGCCAGUCUCUCUACCGCACAAUCGAGCUAUUGCCUCCUGUUUCUGAUGCUAGUGAAGACAUAGUUGAAAUUCUCGCAGCUCAAGCAGAGUUGCUUUUCCGCUUUACCAGGUCUCUGAGUAUGCGGUUGUCUUUAUCUGCGAGCGUUCUGGUGUUAAAAACUUCAGGUUAUGGCCUCAAGGAGUUGAGUAACUGUAGGCCUUUGGUUUUUGGUGUCAUUAGUUUAGUGAAGACAUUUCUGAUGCUAAUUCUCUUUUCACUCAAAUCAACUUGGAGAGAUUCUUGUCUCGGAGUACGAACAGAAAUUGAGCAUAAUGAAGCCUUAUCUGAGGCAGCUAAUGUGAGGUUGGGGCUACUACCAGUUAUUUGCAACUGUAUAGAACUUACUGAACAUUGCUCCAUCUCAUUGAUUAUUAUCGAUCAAAUAGUCAAAGGUUUUUCGACACCUGCUACUUGGUUUCCCAUCAUCCAGAAACAUCUCCCGAUGCAGCAUAUUGUUCUAAAACUUCAAGAUAAAAGCUCGUAUUCAAACAUUGACAUAAUAUUGAAGUUUCUUUUGACUAUUGCACAUGUGAAGGAAGGUGCUGAGAUGCUUCUAAACGCUGGUUUCUUUGCAUCAUUAAGAGUGUUGUUGGCUGACCUACCUAAUGGUAGACCUCUCUCAGUAGUUGAAAGGGAGAGAAAUUGGGCAAACUCCUUUGACAAUAAUGAAAUGGCUCAACCCAUUUGGGGACUUAGCUUGGCUGUGGUUACAGCAAUUAUUAACUCUUUAGGGGAAAGUUCGAAUUUCAACGUGGAACAUGUGGUGACUUACUUUCUCUUGGAGAAGGCUGAUCUAAUUUCAUAUCAUCUUAGUGCUCCGGAUUUUCCUUCUGAUGAUCAUGAUAGGAAAAGACUUCGGGCAUUCAAGCCAUAUCCUUCAUUGAGUUCUUUUAGAGAGAGUGAAAAUACGAUUAUGUUAAUCUGUGUUAUGGUAAAGCAUAGGAAUGCCUGGUCAAGGGCCUUGAAAGAAAUGGAGUCACAUUUAAGGGAGAGAUGCAUCCAUUUAUUGGCCUUCAUUAGCUGUGGUACACCACGUCAUGGGGAAUCACCAGGAAGAGAUCUCCCCAUCUUGUGUCAUCCUAUCCUCCAUGAGGAGUAUGAGUGGCACGAAAAACCAUCAUCUAUCAAUAGCACAAAUAGCUGGUUUGCUUUUUCUGCUCUUUGCUGCGGUCUAAAUCCCAAAUAUUCAUCUUUUUCAUCUAGAACUGCAACUACUAUGAUCAAAGCUCAACCAGAUGAGCAUGCUAAUCUGACUUCGCAGACACAUUUUUCAGAUGCAAUGUCUAUUCAGAUAUACAGAAUUACCUUUCUUCUUCUGGAGUUUUUGUGUCAACAAGCUGAAGAUGCUGCUGAAAGGGCUGAAGAAGUGGGUUUUGUCGAUCUUGCACAUUUUCCGGAGCUACCAGUGCCUGAUAUCCUUCACUGCUUGCAGGAUCAAGGGAUAUCUAUUGUCACUGAAUUGUGUGAAGCCGGCAAGUUGAAGCUACUUACUUCUGAAAUACAAGGGGCGUGUAUUUUACUGUUGCAAAUAACAGUAAUGGCAUUGUACCUGGAAUUUUGUGUGAUCCAAAUCUGUGGAAUGAGACCUGUCCAUGGACGUGUUGAGGACUUCUCCAAGGAAUUUCAUGCACUGACUAAAGCUACGGAAGGACAUGCAUUUUUGAAAGAAUCUAUGAACUCCUUAAAGCGAACGAUGUCUUUCGUGUUUCCUGAAGUAUUGCAGGCAGAAGAUGAUCUAUAAAAUUCAGGUUGUUUUUGAGCCCUUAGAUGUGAAACCUGUUGUCCCAAAUAUUGUUGCUUGAAGAUGGAAAGUUUGGGCUGUAGUCCACGAUUGUUGACAAUGAUGAGGGGUUUAAGAUUUCAGUUUGAUAAUUGAGAGGCUGAAAUCCACUGAAAGCAAGUCCGGGGAAGAAUGCAACAUCCUAAGCAAAGGAUUUGGAGGGCAAGAUGUUGAAGUGUCCACACCCCCUAAGGGCACAUAACAGAUCAUCUUAUUAGGAUACUCGGUGAAGAAAAUUUUCCAGCAAACAAUAGCAGUGUCUAUUUAGCAAUUCAAGUCUUAUGUCGGCCAAUAGAACAUAAGGACGAAGAAAAAGGAUUGAAGGGACUAGUCCCUGUAUAUAUUGUUGACUUUAUAUGGUUUUGUUUA